CACAACCAAUUCGCCUUAUUCCAGAAGCCCAUAAUGCUUUGCGACAAAGGUGACUUCCGGUUUAUUUCCGCAUUCAAUUUCCUAGUUAUUGAUACGAGUGAAAGGAAGAGCAUAAUUGGCAAAUAGAUUGAUAGGAGCUGAUGUUGAGAAUCCAUCAGCUUGAGACUCAUGUGAAGGUGCUUCAGAGAGCCAGCAAAGAAGAGAACCCUGUAGUUCCACCUAUGCCCCGCAUGGCUAUGAAGAGGAAAAAGAAGUUUCGUCCCAUUGACUUCAACAACCCUGACGAUCAUGUACCUCGGCCAUGACUACACAGGAUAUGAUGACACAGAGGAAGUGGAACACAGUUGUCUCUCUUGAUGUACGUGGCAACUUGCUGUCGAGGGUCGGGGUGAAGGUGAGAGAAGGGAUGACAGCGCAUGAAAGACCUGGUUCAGCUGCAGGACAAGAACGUACAAGUAUUCCUUCCCUAAAGGAGACCGAAAUAUACUGCUCAUGGAAGAAGCUGGCAAAAAAUUGAUUGGCUAAUAUGACUUCCGCAACUUCUGCAAGUUCAAUGUUAAAGAUGGCAUUACAAACUAUGUUCGAAAAAUCAUGGAGGUUGAAGUCAAGACUCUAGAUGAGACCGAUGACGGAUUCACAAUGUGCGAACUCACGAUCGUCGGGAGGGCGUUCCUGUGGCAUCAGAUUCGCAGCAUCUUCUCUGUGCUGUUCCUUGUUGGCAAAGGGAAAGAAUCGGUUGAACUCGGGUCCAAAGGAGGUGCGGUCCGUAUCCAGCCAGACGGAAGGGACAGUGACCAUUAUCACUGUUGGCAACUCAGCCUACCCCAGUAAUGUCGUCGGUGUGAGACAGCAACAACAGCAGCAGCAGCAACAACAACAAGUCCCACACAGCAACAGAUCCAGUCAGCUUAGUCUCACACCAUCAUCAAGAAUGAGUAUCGCCAACUCGAGAUCACUGAGUGACCGACCAGUCAGCCCGACAUCAACCCUGGAUAGAGCAUCUCUAAACAGCGAGAACAGCAGCUCAGGACUUCCGCCUGAGCCACUUCGAGAUGGUGUUCAGCACUUCUGCGAGAAACACAUGGACACAAUCAGGAAGUUUAUCAGCAGUCUUUCCGCUAGGAUUCCCCUACCAGCCAAAUGCAGCAUUGUGGACGGCAGACAUAAGCGCUAUGUUCGUCUCAAUUUCCAGUGUGGAAUAAAGGGGACAAAUUGUUUAUAUGGGAAGCAGUUUUUCAUCCUAAACACCAAGCUUCCAAAGACCUGGAUCCAUCUCAUGUUCCUGGCUGUCCAGGUAUGAA